UACAGAUUAUGGAAAGAAAGUGAUGUACAUCGUAUUGAAGUACAGAGAUAGUUCGUCGUUGUAUACGAAAGAUGAUAUCUGGAUUAUUUCUAAAAGUAUCAACUUUGAACCGAGAACAACAUUCGUGGCGAAGAGUAUGUUUUAUGGACCUUCAUCAUCUGGUGAUCUUGAGAUUGAGCCCAUCAGUGGUUAUUCACCAUCAAACUGGAGAUCUGGUGAUACUGUUCAUGCUAUCUGGGCCUGCAAUGCUGGUACGGAGUUAUCCUGUAUACAGAACCUCGAUGAUUAUGCCACACUACAACAGAUGCCUCUUCUGCCAUAUAUAAUGAAUGGGUAAGUCUCAUCCUUUAUAGACCCAUUGCACUGACGUCACAAAUCCUUAGAGUGUCCUCCAGAUGCUCCAAACAAUAUCUGUUCGGGCACGACAACCACAUACAGCGCAAAAAUGAACCAUUUUAAUACAACAUUAUUAUAAAGUUUUACAAAAUUUGCUUUGUUUACAAAAAGUUGUCCUCCAGAUGCACCGGCGCUGUGACGUCAUGUGCAAUGGGUCUAUAGAAAGAGCAAGAAUCACAUCCUACAAUCAGCAGUCUGUAGUUUAUCCUUUACACAAAAAAUUCACAUGAUGUCAUUUCACAUGUGAAAUUUUAUGUGAACAUUUUACAUGUGAUAAUGGUCAUUUCAUGUGUGAAAUUUAGAAUUUUCACAUACGAAAUCUUGUUUUCACAUACUGUAGCUACUGUACAACUUUUCGCAUGUGAAAUUGAAGGUUUAUAUGUAGAAAUGAAUUUCACAUGUUUCUUCUGUGGAAUUGGAACAGUUCAUCAAUGCGAAAUCAUAUGUGGAAUGUUCGUAAGGGUUGGGUCACCAAGCACUUGCUUUAUAUGAUUAUCAAAUUUGAUAUCAUAUGCAUGUAAAUUUAUUUAAACCCACUCACCAAUAAGAUUGCCAAAUAAUGUAAUAAUUUUUUUUGUGUGUGUGUUGAUGUUAUGUACUCAGGUGAAUAUGAUGUUUGUGAUGUUGCGUGCAUGCGAUGAUGCGAUGAGUGUGCAUCCCGCACACCAGGCAGGCUGGAAAGUUAGCUUGGCCACGGUGGGAAUCAAACGCGCGACCUUUGGGAUACUAGUCCAAUGCUCUACCAACUGAGCUACGUGGUCAAGUCGGUUCGAGUUGAUGAUACCUGUAUUUCAGAACUGAGUCUAGUUCCUUCGAUAUCAAUGCAAUCUAGUAAUAUGAUUUUUUCUGUGUUGGUGAUGUUACUCUGAGUGUAUAUCCACACCGGGCGAGUAACAUCACAAACACAAUGUACUAAUAUUUGCAUGUUUGUCUCUGUUUUAGUAUCUUCCAUGAUUGUAUUUUCUAGAUCACGUCCUUCGUACAGUUCCCAACGCACUCAACGUCACUCGUUCUCCGCACCCCUCUCUGGCGUCAUGGACAGAAACUCGCUGGGAAUUUCCUGGCAAGUAAUUGUAAGUAAAGUUUUAGAAUUAUAGUCUGUAGAAGACAUGCAGAUUUAGGCACAAAAAUACUCCGUUGGUCUUCAGGAGAUUUUUGUCUCCAGGUUAUGCUCCCAGGAAGAAAAUUUUUUUUUCCUUCCCUGGUUGAAAGAUUCAUGCAGUAACCCGCACCUUAAAACCCAACGUAUUAGAGGGUUCAAUUGAAACACGCUAUAUAAUUUAAACAUAGGAACAAGAGACAGAGGAAAUGAUUGCAUUGCACAAGCUUAAUAAGGUGAGUUUAUAAACUGUACAGUAACAAUAAUUUAUUAUAAAUUUUAAUCUCAUGCUUUUGUCGUGAUUAUGAUGUUAACAGGACCAAGCAGCUGCCCUUCGUUCUUGUGCAAAAAUGUUUCUCUCAGAAAAUGAAGACAGAAUGGAAUGCCUUCCUAUUACGCUAAUACACGGUAAAUACAGUAAAUGGUGUAGCAAGCAUCGUAUUAUCCAGGGUAUUAUCUAUUGGGAGUACAUGGUUUACAUUCGGGGUGGGUGUUCUUUAUUUUAGUUGUCUUUCUUGUGCUGUAUGCAAAUCGUCUUUAUUAGUGUUAGUAUUCUUUUUGUUUUUCAAGGUGUAUUUGGAGCUGGGAAGAGUUUUUUGUUGGCCGUAGUUGUUUUACUGAUGGUGAGAUUAUUUGAGAUUGCGGACGCAUCUGAUGAAGCAAGGUAAGAAAGAAAUUAUGAAUUACUCUAUAUUUAAUUUACAAGUUCGAAACCCAAACUAACCGAACUCCAGCGAGUUACUGUUAAACAGUACAUGGAUUAAACUAUUUAAACACCGUGCUUCCAACAUCCCUAGGAAAUAUAAAACCUUAAAACCUUAAUAUUCACAAAGAAGCGGGUAUAUUGAAUUUAUACCCUUGUAGACCUUGCAUGUCUAAGUACAGUACCUGCGUUCUUGCCCUCGAUUUGUAGAACACGACCCAUCACUUGGAAGAUUCUUAUUUCAUCGACGACGAAUGUGGCCGUUGAUAGAAUUCUUCUUGGGUAAGUUUUGAAAAUGUUAACUUUUAAAUAAUAUAAUUUCUUCACACACAUACGCUUUUUUGGUAUUUGGUGGCCGACCAAAGUUGACCUACUAAAAAUGGUGAAAUCAUGCUCUAUAGAAAGACUAUUUGAAUUCGAUUAAAUCCAGAGCGUAUAUCCACAGUACGAAAAAUGAAAUUAAUAUCAAGGAAACUAGAUUCCAUAAUUACCAUUGUAUAAGGAGUUUGAAGAAAGUUCUAGUGAAACUUGCCCAUUGAAGUUUUACCUGCGAAGGCUUUCCAUCUAGGGAUGGAUUUACUGGGGAGGGAGGGUGGGCCCCCCCCCCCCCCCCCCCUCCUAGCCCUGGCCAGAGGAGGUGUGCUAUUUUUCACGAUAAAGCAAAAAAAAUAUUACAGCCAAUUUGAGUAAUAAUAUGAUGAUAAGCGAACUGUGAACAACAAUUACAAUUCAAAUACAGUAUAGUCAAGCAAGACUUUGCAGUAGUCAAACAAGUUGAUGGGCACCAGAGCUGGCAGAGCACCCCCCCCCCCUUCCCCCUCCUCUACCAGAUUAUGCUGGAACCAUCCCUGUUUCCAUCCACCUCAAAGUGGAAAAACAUUUAUAAAUCUCUAAUAAUAUAGUAUAAGACUUAAAUAAAUUGGAAUAUUACAAACCUGUUCGUUCUAGACUUCUUGAUCUUGGAUUCGAUCAGUUUGUGCGAGUUGGUAGCGUGAGAAAGAUUGCGAAGCCCGUAUUACCGUUCAGCAUACAUAGCACUGGAACAGAGUUGCAGGAAUUGAAGGAAUUACAAGGAAUGUUGAAAACAGAAUUGACGAGCUCGGAGAAAGCGUAAGUAUCGUAUAGAAAGCUACUAACUCUUGACGUAAGUAUCGUAAGUUGGCUACUAACUCUUGACGAAGGGCCUUCGCUCGAAACGUCGAGUUUCUGCUUGUUUAUUUCAGAUAGUAAUAUAACCACUUAGCACAGCAUUUUCACAUGCAUGCAUUGGUACUACCCACACUGGUACAGACAGUUUUAGUAUAAAUAUCGUAUUGCCUACAAAUCACCGAACAAAAAACGCACCAGAAAUGCACAUGGAACGAGUUCAAAUAUAGAAUCCAUGCAAUCACUUAGAGAAAAAAGAAUUUCUGAAAAAUUAUUUUUUUGUCCGACAACCAUAUAAUUAUGUGAACCUUAUCGUAUAUCUAGAUUAAAUAUCCUGUGUUGUUUCUCAGUGUCUUAUUCGGGAAUUUUGAUACUCCGCGGACACCGAGAAAACUGUGCUACUUUACUCUUUAGGUACGUCCGUAAGAGCAUUGAAAUGCAUAAAUUGGGAGAGAACAGAAAGGUAUACAGUGUGCUUUGGAGAUCUUUCAUGGUUAGCACUAUUUUCCAUCCAGCAAAAUGACCUGACAUCAUUUUCGGAAGAUGGAAGAGGUGUUAAAUGGCUAUGUAAUUAACCCAAACCCUACCCCUACUCUAACCCCUAACCUCAACCCUAACUUUAACCCUAACCCUAACUGAAUUAAUAAAAAAUCCAAAAAGAAACGACUUUAGAAAAUCGAUAGGGCGAAAAAAGUGCUAACCGUCUUUCAUUAUCAGUUUUAAAAUUCGUGUGCAAAUUCCAUAAUCCUAUUUAUUAUCAACAACCUUUACUGUAUGCCUUAGCGAUUGGCUAAUGUCCGUGUGGUUGGAGUCACGUGUGCAGCUUGUACCUUUGCAGCACUUGAACGAUUGAAGUUCCCGGUAAACUGUCAAAUAUUUUUAUAUUUAAUUAAACAUAUUUGAAAUCAUUUUCUUCAAGAGCUCUGAAGCUCAUCGAGAAAGAUCAUGACAAAUAUGUUUUCGCAUUUUAAAUCAUUUAGUUUCAUACUUCAAAAAAUUAAUUUAUCGCUUGAUAAGAACCAGACUGUGUACCGAAUCUCAAACUUUUCCCCUAGGUUUUACUUCUGGAUGAAUGCAGCCAAAUGACUGAACCGACUUCCUUGCUUCCCAUGGCAAGGUAAUAUUUGCAGAGACAUCUAAAGGGUAUAUACUAUAGCGGCCAUGUUUGCUUGAUUCUAAUAUAUUUUCCUUUCCCCUUUUUAGGUUUGGAUGCAGAAAGCUGGUACUUGUUGGUGACCCAAAAGUAAGAGGGCAGUGAUGAAAAAAAUGAGAUAAUUUUUUUUCUUAUCAUUUUUUUGUUAUAAUUAAAAAUUUAUAUUAGAAUUCAUUUGUUAUGUCAAUUUGCCUUUCAAUCUUUCAUUUGCCUAACUACCUGUUCCUUUAUUGGAGAGGUUCAGAUCUGACUUGCAUUACCCUUACCUCUCACUGUUUUAAUAUACGCAUUUGAUUGGUUAAUUGGGUAAAUUAAACGCAUCCGAUUAGUUAAUUGGGUAGAUUAAACGCAUCUGAUUGGUUAAUUGGGUAGAUUAAACGCAUUUGAUUGGUUAAUUGGGUAGAUUAAAUGCAUCUGAUUGGUUAAUUGGGUAAAUUAAACGCAUCCGAUUGGUUAAUUGGGUAGAGUAAACGCAUCUGAUUGGUUAAUUGGAUAAAUUAAACGCAUCUGAUUGGUUAAUUGGGUAGAUUAAACGCAUCUGAUUGGUUAAUUGGGUAGGUAGAUUAAACGCAUCUGAUUGGUUAAUUGGGUAGAUUAAACGCAUCUGAUUGGUUAAUUGGGUAGAUUAAACGCAUCUGAUUGGUUAAUUGGGUAGAUUAAACGCAUCUGAUUGGUUAAUUGGGUAGAUUAAACGCAUCCGAUUAGUUAAUUGGGUAGAUUAAACGCAUCCGAUUAGUUAAUUGGGUAGAUUAAACGCAUCCGAUUAGUUAAUUGGGUAGAUUAAACGCAUCCGAUUAGUUAAUUGGGUAGAUUAAACGCAUCUGAUUAGUUAAUUGGGUAGAUUAAACGCAUCUGAUUGGUUAAUUGGGUAGAUUAAACUCAUCUGAUUGGUUAAGUGGGUAGAUUAAACUCAUCUGAUUGGUUAAUUGGGUAGAUUAAACUCAUCUGAUUAGUUAAUUGGGCAGAUUAAACUCAUCUGAUUGGUUAAUUGGGUAGAUUAAACUCAUCUGAUUAGUUAAGUGGGUAGAUUAAACUCAUCUGAUUGGUUAAUUGGGUAGAUUAAACUCAUCUGAUUAGUUAAUUGGGUAGAUUAAACGCAUCUGAUUGGUUAAUUGGGUAGAUUAAACGCAUCUGAUUGAUUAAGUGGGUAGAUUAAACGCAUCUAAUUGGUUGGUGGUAGCCGUAGUGGAAGUCAAAAUCUGAACUUGCUGUCGUUGGUAGGGAUGCAUCUACCUGAAAAUAUAUAAGAAGAAUUUCGACGUUUCGAGCGAAGGCUCUUCGUUUGGAGUUACUGAAGGUCGAAAAGUUGAAAUUCUCCUUAUAUUUUUUAGGUAGUUCCAUCCCUGCCAACGAAAACUUGUUCAUUUUAUUGGCACUGCCUACACUGGCACAGACAGUUCAAAAUGUGAACUUCUCUAUUGUGUAUUUAGCAACUGAAUCCCACAAUCCAAGGCUCUGAACCAUCACACGAAUCUGGCUUGGAACAAACACUAUUUGACAGACUUAUAAAAAUGGUAAGUGUUCACUUCAAAAACAGUUCCACUUCAGUUUUUAAAGACAUCGAUUUGGACUAGAAUUAUUACUCACGCGAGUCUUGAACAUCGAAAUUAAUUUCCUAACUAUUCGUUACAGGAUUUGAAGCCAAUUCUUCUACGAAAGCAGGUAGAUAGGUUUUAAAAACAAAUCUAUAUAUGGAUAAUGUCAAGAUUAAAUUGAUAUCAUGACUGUAUUGAUUUCUUGCCUUGUUCUGUCUUAUAAUAUGAACUAUAUUUUCGUUUAGUACCGUUGUCACCCAGUGAUAAGUUCAUUAUCAAACAGGUACAUGAAUGUACAGUAGUCAAUAAGUAAGUGAGUACGUGCUGCUCAUCCACAGAUGAGAACUAAGCUGAAUUAUGAAGGAUAAGAGCGCCUCUGCUAGACACCUUAGUAAAGAUAAGUGUCAUGAGUCUUCAUCGGACGAUACGGUCUGACGAUUUCCUCUGACCAUUUGGUCUGACGUUUUGGUCUGACGGUUGCGCUACCGAAUGUGCCCUAGUUAUAACCAUAUAUCCCUCUUUCAUCUUCUUGUUUUAGGCUAUUUUAUAACGACCGCUUGUUGGAUGGUGUCAAUGCCGAGGAACGUGAACCUCUCGUUGUAUGUACCAUUGGAACUAUUUUAUUUAAGAGCUUAAUAUACAUUUUUUGUCGGCUAGAUAGCUGAAUAGAAAUAUAUAAAGAAGAUGUUGAAACUUAUCUUUACUGGAUUGUGAGUAUGCUUUUCUUUCACUUCAGGAUUUUGUUCCAACACUUUGUUUCUACAAUGUCAGCAACGGCAGAGAGGAGUGUUCCCAAGAUGGCAGCUACUUCAACAGUGCUGAGGUAAAAGUAUUUUAACUUAUAGAAACUCUUGAACGAUAUGGUUCACGGUGUUGAAUUAGGUUUGUUGUUGUUGUUGUUGCUGUUGUUGUUGUUGUUGUUGUUGUUGUUGUUGUUGUUGUUGUUGUUGUUGUUGUUGUUGCUGUUGCUGUUGCUGUUGCUGUUGCUGUUGCUGUUGCUGUUGCUGUUGCUGUUGCUGUUGUUGUUGUUGUUGUUGCUGUUGCUGUUGCUGUUGCUGUUGUUGUUGUUGUUGCUGUUGCUGUUGCUGUUGUUGUUGUUGCUGUUGCUGUUGCUGUUGUUGUUGUUGUUGUUGUUGUUGUUGUUGUCGUGGAUAAGUUUUGUCUGGAAAUAUAACAAAUCAUAACGUUUAAGGUGAUUUGUCUCACAAAUUGCAGUGGUAUUGAUAUUUAUUGGUUCAUGAAAGUACAUCUCUCAUUUAGGCUAAAUUUGUUGUCGUAUUAAUUAAAUCACUUUUGGAAUCAGAAGUUGAACCAAAGCAGAUAGGUAUGCAUUAUACUAUUAAGCAUUUCUCAAAAGUGUAGCUGUGUGGGAAUGUAUACUUAGUAACUUCUGGUUUCCAAAUGAAGUCAAUACACUUUUUACAUAAAAAAUGUUCAAUACACUUUGUACAUAAAAAUACAUAUUACAAAUUGUAAUAAGAAAUUUCUCUCUGUUUAGGUGUCAUCACUCAAUACAAGUCACAGCUAACAACCAUCACGAGUUCAUUGUCCGCAGAUGGGUACACGCGAGUUUAUUGACACAUUUGAAGCAUUAUGCGUUACACUAACUUGACAAUGGAAAUCUAAUCCAACCUUUAUUUUAUUAUAUAGAGGAACAUCUCACAAAGAAUGGGCUGGAAUACAGGUAUAUGGCCUCGUCUUCUAAAUGUACCCUCAACAGGUGGCUGGUUGGCAUUGGAGAUCAGUGAGAUUUUCAAGACAAUGAAAAGACAAGAGAAGAUUCCGAUUGUAUCAUAACAUAGCAAGAAAUAACUUUUUUGUUCUGAGAUCCUAUGUUUUGGGGCCGUCAACGUUUCUGCCGAGCUCAGUAAUAUUCUUUCUUAUAAAUUUUUUUCUGUGUCUGUUAGCAUUGCGCAAUGCCCUAAAAUUUUCUGCCAGCUUAGCCAGUCUUUCUGGGAUUUUCGAUGACAGGAUCCACCAGUCAUGACUGCAUUGAUGGUGCUAGGGUGCAUGAUUCCGAGAAUUUUUUUUAAAUUUCUGAGAAUUAAAAACAUUUUUCAAAAAAUUCUGGAAAAUAGUUUUUUUGAAGUUGAGAUUAUGGAUCACGGUAUUUUUCUAGAGCUGGCGAAAUUUUUGUCAAUAUUUGUGUAGAUAUCUACUGUUGAUGCCUUUCAAGGAGGGGAGAAGGAUGUGAUUAUUCUUUCAUGUGUCAGAACUAAACACAUCGGAUUUAUUGACUGUGAAAGGUAGCAUUUGCAUGCUUGCUUAUAUGGACUAUAGUACAUGUUAAUUGAAAAUUUAUUAAGUGAAGAGUCUUUUCAAAGAUUAUUGAUACAAGCAUUUAUACAUGUAAAUUUUAUGCUAUGCGUUUGACAAGCUGACGUUUCUCUCUUUCUCAACAGGCGAACGAACGUCGCAUUGACAAGAGCUAAAAGGUACUAUAUUUACCGUUGUUGAACGAAAAACCUUCGUCCUACUCAACUUUCUGACAUUUUUCUUCUAGACAUCUCUGUAUUGUUGGAUGUGGCAAAAUUUUAUCAUCAAAUUCCCUGUGGAGCAAGAUUCUUACAUUUUGUAGAGGUAUAUUGAUGUCAAUGUUAUGUUCGUCAUUUUCUUAACUCAUUCUCUACGUUGCGAAGCGAACACAAUUACUUUGUAUAUUGUGAAGGAUAUUUAGCUACAGUACCUGAAAAAUCCAAGCAGAACUUCGGCCCUUCGAGCGAGGUCGCUUCGUUGGAAAGUUAAGGUAAUAGCGUGGCUCGGGAAAUUAAUUGUGCUUUUCCGGCUGUCCACGCUACUAACUUGAAUGUCCUUGAAUUUGUAAAGAAGUACUUGAAAGUACUUAAAUUCUUGUUGUUUUAGUUUAUGAAUAUUUUCUGAAAUUGUUUGACAUUCAAAAACGGACAUUUUAUUGAAUUGAUUUAGUGCAUGUUGAAAGCUGUAUGAAACUCACUGAUGUUGCGUUUUGAACAAUUCAACUUCAGAUUUUACUCGGAUUUUUAACGCCUUCUCUACAGUAUUUAGUCCUUGAAUUUGCUUAUACAUGGCCUUGAAAAGUUCUUGAAUUGGAUUCGAAGGUCUGCUUAUAUUUUCCAGGUCGUUUUAUAUCCUUUACACUGCAGCUGUCUCUGCCUACAAUGACACCAACCGAGAUUUUGAAUACAAUUAUACUGUAGCUGCCGUAGUUUUUGCAGUCUGGACUAGCUCAAAAAUCAAAAACACUUCGACUUCUCUCGGGUGCCAUGGCCCUUCCUGAGAAGUUAAGUUUGGGCGCCAUUAAACCGUUUAUAAAUUGGUUCAUGAUUUGUUUCUGUAGAGUCACCUGAAGGUUUUCAGUCAUCUGUGUCGUACAUCAAACGGUGGAACGAAAGACGCCCCAAGGUGGAUGAUAAUUUCACCGAAGGCACUUCCUCUAAACCAAAAAAGCCACGAAAAUCCAGAAAAAGCAAUGGAGGUAAAAGAACAUUCAAACCAUCAAAUGAGCCUGAGGCUCACGCCCAGGACUGUCCUGUCGAGACUGAGGCCACGCCAAGUUGUGACUCCAGCUCCAAUAAGACAUCUGAGUUAAUUCCGGUUCAAGAAAUAUUUGAUAGCGAACCAAUUUUCGACAAUGAGAAUACGUACAGUGAUCAAAUAUCAGAUAUCGUAGAUAACGGUGAUGUAUAUGGAAUCUCUGAUAAACCUGAUGCAAUUGAAAUAUCCGAUAAUCCCGAGGCACCCCGGAAUGACAUUCCAUAUGCUGAUGGUAAAAUAAUCGAAAUUUCUGGUAACAAUGACUGUUCUGAUGAUGUCCGGAAAGAUUUGCAAAAAGAAAUUACUGUUGUUGAAAAGGAGGCUAGUGAUUCCGAAAGCAAUUGUUCUGACUUUUUGUUUGGUGAUGAUUCCCUUAUGGAUGAUGAGUUGUGUACCCUUGAUUUCUAAGUUAAGGAUCUGUAAGUCUAAUAGACUUUCAUUAAAGUGUAUAAAAGACAAAUCGAGGUAGGACUAUUCCUUUGUACCUCAGGGAAGAAGGAGGGAACAACGGAAUGAAGAUAUGUGCAUGUACAUUGAUGAACUACAUUCAUGUAUGACAGAUAUUGGUGAUAACGGUGGAACAGGCGCUAUGAAAUUCAUGGGAUAAGUUGAUAUUUUGUCGGUUUGAAGGAGUAAUGACGAGUUAUAUGUCCACGAAAUAUGUUCACGACAACCUAACGACUACGCCCGUAUUCUAAAAGCUCACUCACAUUCACACUUAAUGAGUGGAGGUUCAAUCUGAGCUUCCCUUGAGUGUC